AUGUCAGUGAGCUUUGAGGAUAUCAGGGCGUCAACAGUCUAUAAACUAGCUAAGGCCAGUUGGUUACUAGAAAAUAAUGGGCCAAAUGGCGAACUAGGGCAUGAAUCGGCCCAAAAGUUUUCCACAAAGAUUGUUUCCAACAUUUAUCGAAAACUUGAAAGCGAUGAAGAUCACGAAAUUAACCUCGAGAGCCUAAAAUAUCUGAAAUGUUUAGAGUGCUAUCUAUGGCCCAACCUGUCUGAAGAGUCUACAGAUGACCAUAUUGUGUCAAUUGCUAUCCUAUCCACUCAAAAUGAAGAAGCGUGGAGUAAGUUAACUGAACCAAACCGUUUAGAUUACAAAAACUAA